AUGGAGACGAAAGUCUCGUACAAAUACGCUCCAAACCCAACUCUAGAACUCUUACGUCAGACAGAACGCACCAUAAACGAUUCAUUAGAAUGGAUUAUUUCCUUGAAAAAAUUCUCUGCCGAGCAGCCGCCCGCUGCGGGCUCACAGUAUUGUUCAAGUCCGCCCGGAGUGGAAAAUGGUGCCGUCACUCUGGGUUCCAGAGGAAUUCUCGGUUACCCCGUCGGAACCUUUGCUUAUUAUCAAUGCGAUUCAGCAUUCAAGUCCAAGGAUAAUGUGGAAUUAUAUCGCAGUUGCGAAUUCAACGGUGAACGCGCCGUGUGGUCGGAUGCCUCCUCGGAAUGCGUUCUUGCACCAGCUGGUGUGAAGGAGAAACGCUUUGGCACUGCUCGUAUAUCGGUCGGAGCUGAUCAGGUUAAAAGCCCUACUGACGCGGAAGCGGCCAAGGUUGAAGGUGACCAACGGAAACCGUCGCUUGAGUUUCCUUAUAAUGAAGUUGUUGAAAUGAAACCUACCGCCGUUGUUUAUUCGCCGUUUGAAGACGAGGACGAGGACGAAGACGAUGAUGAUGAUGUCGAGAUACCUUCCAGGGAUAUCGACCAUCACGUCGGACCGUAUUCCCUGCGGUUCAAGAACGUGGUCCCCCCGUGGCUCCCAGCCCCACGACCCUCUUCCGCGACCCAGCAGUUGAUCCUUCAAAUGAACGGAGCUUCCUACGCCGUCGAUAUCGACAGUGGCACGGGAACGCAAAUCGUGGCUCCUGGUGAACGUCGUGGUCCUCAAAUUCGCUUUCGUCCCGUUUAUGCCCAGGACAGCGACAAAGGAGAUCAUGAUGAUGACGCGUCAGAGGACUCGAGUAGCAGUCGCCUACGUGUGGGAGAGGCGCCAUCUACCGGCUAUGCGCUCUAUCCAGCUGUGCCGUUUGCAGAGCAUCAAGUCACGGCUUUUGCCAGAUUUAGAGAGCCGUCUCGUGUCCAGAGUGACAUCAGAGAUAAUGGUCCGACAUGGAAUAUUCCGACUGGUCCGCAUUAUGCUCCUUCCGCGCCCAACGAAAGAACUCGAAAGUUGAGAAUUCAGUUGAGACCGAAUGUGUAUCUUCCACCUGGCGAAACACCGCCGCAAUAUCUACCUCAAUCAGCGCCACAAAAUUUGCAGGGAUUUGGACUGGAUUAUCCGGGUUGGUCACCUUUCCGCCCAAAACCUGAUCCUGUACUUUCGAGAUACGCCUAUGGGUGUGGUCCCGCACCUGUGAUCCCGUUCACUCGCAUGAGUCGACCCCCGCAGACAAGAUACUCGAUCGGCUCCGUGAUCAAAUAUUUCUGCGCCUCCGGGAAGACCGAGGUCUCCAAUACCCCGAUGCAAACCAUGUGUGUGUAUGAUGACGGACAAGCCCGGUGGACAUCCGUUGAAGGGCGUUGCACGGACGAUUUUGACGUCGAAUUUCCUGAAGAUGCCGAACGGGACGCGCAUGAGAAUAAGAAAUUGCAAGGUUGGCGGAUGUCGAGAGAACAACGCCCAGGCUAUGUAAUGGUGGAAAAGGAAAUCAGUGUGCCUCCAUUCCCUGAUGCUGAAACGUACAAUCCUCCCACCCGAGUUUCUUUUGCGGAACCCGCACCGGGGGUUUUGGAUGCCAAGCCAUCUAGGAUUGCUUCGCUUCCUUGGCCUUUAAAUCUUCUUGCUAGUGAUGAAAGUAAGAAAGCAGAAGAGUCCCGACAAUUGUCCGACGCGAACCCCGAAGAAGACCGGGUGGUGGUAUCCAAGACCAUCUUUCUGCAACCCCCGCCAUUCCCGAAUCCCCCGUGGCGGUACAGCAGACCGGCUGGGCCCCUAAACACGAAGCAAAGAAUGUGUGCAUUUUUGGACGACCCGCCGCCUCCGCCGAAGUCCUGUAGGAAACCUCCGAGUUUGGCUGAAAUUGCCUUGAAGACCUUGUUUAAGGACCCUGGUGUUGUUCCUCCACGUGAUGUCAUCGACUUUGAUUCAGUUGCGAAUAAUGAAGGCAAUAUUGGAGGGAAAUGUGUUGGAGCGCCACCUCUAGUGAACCACGCGAGACUUUCGACUCCACCAAAACCAGUGUACCCGUUUGGAGCGCAGGCAGAAUAUAUUUGUGAACCCGGGUUCGCCUAUGAAAACGGGGUUGCUGUGAGAACUUCUUGCUAUGUUCCCAUUGGCAGCCGGGAAGGGGUUUGGAAUCCAGUCAUGGAGGAAGCGGAUUUCCCUUUCCCUCGCAACCAUUAUGGAGGAGUGAAGAACCCGGAGCAAAUUGAGCGACCCGCCAUCGUACCUCAGCACAAUGGGAUUCGACGCGUCAACGAGAACCUCAUUUCCAAUUGGAAGGACGACGUUGAGUCUACGGAACAGCAGCAGCAGCAGAACGAUCAGCGCAACUGUGUUGGGGAUGAAUGCAUCGGGGAACCCGGGCCAGACGAACUGGAAAGCAGCGGAGUCCAGUCGUUCAACUACGAAGUACCGCAGGGCAUGGUCAAGAACGGGAAGGUGGCGCUGAACAUUUUCCACGGGAACGAUAGGAGGAACUUCGCGGGCGAAGGGGUCAUCAGAAGCAUGGGAGACACGGGGUUCCCAUUCAAUGAGAUGUACAAGCAACAACAGAAGGGACAAAACACCCCAUCGCACGACAAACCAAGGACUAAUUCGGGAUCCAGAGCUUUUGCAUUGAGUGAACGGUUGAUGAGAGGGGGAAUUCGUGGCAAUCGAGAGGAACCAGUGACUGAACCUGCUUACAUAACGGGACUCGUCUUCGGCAUCACAAGUGCUGCCAUCUUGGCGAUAGCUUUAUGCAAAUGCAUAAGCUCAUGCCGAUCGAUGAGGAUGGUGGACUUCAGUCUGGCACAAUUUGGCACGUUCCAACAUUCGGCUCUACUUGUUUGGCUCACUGGAAAAAAGGAGACUCCAGGAAAAUUCAUUAAACGUUGCGUGAUCUACAUUUCAGGUUACCCGGUCAGUGUGGAUUCUGUCCGGACGAUGAGUGCGCUGAUGAAGGUGGUGCCGGAUCGGCAGAGACCUUGGAUGGAAUGGACGGUUGUUUACCAUCAACUCGUCGAUGGAAGAAAAGCAAAUUCGAGUUUCUUGAGCACAGUGAUGGUUGCGAAGGUCUUCAGAAAUUUCUAUUCUACUCAAUCUUUCCUGCAACCGUUCAAAAUCAGCGAUUUCCACAAAAUCUUUCUCUUUGAUGGAACUAACAGUCGUCUUGGAAUAUUUCUCGCAAAAACAACGCUCACCAAAAGCAGCCACAACUUGGAAUUGAUGCAAGUCUAG